GCGGCUGCGCGGGGGGCUCGGCGCCAGCCGCCCCGGCCCGGAGCGGGGCUGAAGGACGAGCGAGAGCCGGCCCUGGGCACCGCGCUGGCCGUCGUAGGACAUGCACAGACUUUCGCACCGGAGCCUUAGUCCUGGGUUGAAAUUCCUGUACGUCUUUGCAGAAUGUCAAUGGCUUUUUAUUAAUGAAGAACCACCAACGUGCACAUGAAAUGGAAAAGGAACAGAUUCUGGAAAACAACUUCCGUUUCAGCUUCUCAAGAUGCUGCAUGAAAUGUGUCAAAAGACCUAUCAAACAAAUUUAAAAGGGAUGAGAACAGAGGACCAAAUCAACAUAUCUAAACCUGUUAGAUAAGUGUAAAGAAGUUUAAGUGACUGCUCUACUUAAUCAAAAUGGUGGACACAGAAAAUCAGCUCUAUCCUCUUACUCCCUUGGAGGAGGAUGACAUAGGCAGCCCUUUAUCUGGAGAAUUUCUACAAGAUAUGGACAACAUUCAAGACCUUUCUCAGUCUCUAGGUGAUGAUAGCUCUGGAGCUUUAAGUUUAACGGAGUUCCAGUCACUGGGAAAUGGUCCAGGAUCUGAUGGAUCAGUUAUAACGGACACCCUUUCACCAGCAUCCAGUCCUUCAUCCAUUAAUUUUGCCACAGCUCCAGGUAGCAUAGAUGAAUCACCCAGUGGAGCAUUAAACAUUGAAUGUAGAAUUUGUGGGGAUAAAGCCUCAGGCUACCAUUACGGAGUACAUGCUUGUGAAGGUUGUAAGGGGUUUUUUAGAAGAACAAUUCGAUUAAAACUCAUCUAUGAUAAAUGUGAUCGCAACUGCAAAAUUCAGAAAAAAAAUCGUAAUAAGUGCCAAUACUGUCGUUUCCAAAAGUGCCUUUCAGUUGGAAUGUCACAUAAUGCAAUACGUUUUGGACGAAUGCCAAGGUCUGAGAAGGCCAAGUUGAAAGCAGAAAUUCUAACAGGUGAAAAUUAUGUAGAAGAUUCAGAAAUGGCAGAUCUUAAAUCACUUGCUAAAAGAAUUCAUGAUGCUUACCUGAAAAACUUCAAUAUGAACAAGGUUAAAGCCAGAAUCAUCCUUGCGGGGAAAACUAAUAACAAUCCACCAUUUGUUAUACAUGAUAUGGUUACCUUGUGUAUGGCAGAGAAAACCCUGGUGGCAAAAUUGGUAGCCAAUGGAAUUCAGAACAAGGAAGCAGAAGUUCGAAUCUUCCACUGCUGCCAGUGUACAUCUGUAGAGACUGUCACAGAACUUACUGAGUUUGCCAAAUCUAUCCCUGGCUUCUCCAGCCUUGACUUGAAUGAUCAAGUGACACUGUUAAAAUACGGAGUUUAUGAAGCCAUAUUUGCCAUGUUAGCAUCAGUGAUGAACAAAGACGGGAUGCUGGUGGCCUAUGGAAACGGUUUUAUAACCCGGGAGUUCCUGAAAAGCCUGAGGAAGCCGUUCUGUGAUAUAAUGGAGCCAAAAUUUGAUUUUGCAAUGAAAUUCAAUGCACUAGAACUGGAUGACAGUGAUAUAUCCCUUUUUGUUGCUGCCAUCAUUUGCUGUGGAGAUCGUCCUGGUCUUGUAAAUGUAGGACACAUUGAAAAAAUGCAGGAGAGCAUUGUGCAUGUACUGAAACUUCACUUGCAAACCAACCAUCCUGAUGACAUCUUCCUCUUCCCAAAACUUCUCCAAAAAAUGGCUGACCUCCGACAACUUGUCACAGAGCAUGCUCAACUCGUUCAGAUAAUUAAGAAGACUGAAUCUGAUGCACAUUUACACCCUUUACUACAGGAAAUCUACAGGGAUAUGUAUUAAGGAUUUUUAGUAUAUAUUUUUUCCACAAUAUUUAAAGAUGAGAGCAAUACUAGUAACAGAUGGGAGCAAAAUUACUUGCACGGUUAUCUGCUGUUCACUCAGCCCAGAGCAUGAGAAAUCUAAAAGCUGGAUAACUGGAGUGUUACACUUCUUUUGGUUUGGGAUCUUUUGUUUCCUUUUGAAAGAGUUCUGCAGAAAAAUACUGAUCAUAGUGCUCAUGAAGUUUCUUAUAAUGGUACUUUCAUUUGGAAAUUCAAAGAUUGGUAAGGAAUACAUCUUUGUAUAAUAAAUCAGAAUGUUAAGUAACAGAAAUGAACAAAACUGUAUUUCCUCCUGGCUCUUAGUAAUUUUAGAGUUAAUGUAACAAAUUCAGCAAAUUCUCUCCACGUAUAUGCACAAUCAUAAAAAUGAUGCACUUUUGGCUAAUGGUAAUUGCUGAGAACCAACUAACACUUUUUCUUACUGCAGCCAGUCUAGGUGUAACACAUGGUUGGAUAAUACUGUACAUACAUGUCUAAAAAAUUUGAAAGACCUUAGAUCUGCUGCUGCUUUAAUUCCAUGAAAUGCAGUACAGCUUCAUACAGUAUUACACAUUACGGUACUUUAGGAUUAGCAUGUUUAAAUGAAAGUUCUUUUAAAAAAUGAAAUAAAAUCCCAAGAGUAAUCUAAAAUACAGCAGAGAUGCUCCAUUCAGGUGUUCGUUGAGGAGCAAAUGUGAUAAAUCAAUGGAACCCUUUUUUCAAAAGUGUUUUAAGGAAAUAUGUUCCCGAGGAAAAAUAUAUCCUACCAUGUGUAUUUUGGAGAACUUCUAAUAGCUCAAGACACAGUUUUGACUUUAAAAUACUGUUUAGAAUUAGCAAGAGUUUUGGAGAGACUGAAAAGUCUGAUCGUAGCCCUGAAAAAAGAAUUUAAACUGCACAGCUUUCUAGUGCAGUGAUAGCUCACUCUGAAGAAGUGGUUGUAUAGGAAAGGCACCUUCUUUCUUGACAAGCAUCUAAGUGGCAUUGAGUUGUUUGGACCUGUUUAUUUUUCUAAUGAAUACACUGUUUCAUUUUUUCCAGUUAUCCACUUGGAUAUAUGUCUUUCUACUCCUUCUUAGGCCUUACUGGUAGAAGUAUUAGCUAGAUUAUUUCACCAAAUCUUGUUCUCGCAUACAGCCACAGUGGGGGAGGUGACAGUAUUACCAAGAACUGGGGUUGUAGGUGUCGAUUGUGUAAUAUUAUGAAAGAGAGCACAGCUGAGAGAAGUUAUCAUGUUUCUGAGAGCAAACUCAGAUUUUACAAUUGUACUUACUCUGGGUGCAAAAUAAGCCAUAAGGAAAUUGCCUGACUUUACCAUUUUAAAGGAUCUUUUAGCAGAGCACUACACAAAAGUGCUAGUUGCAUGCAAGACACUCUAUUCCUUUUUUUUUUUUUUUUUCUUUUUAAUAUGGUAACUUCACAUCAUUCUUUCCUCAUUUUAUUAUUUGUUUCAUAGGACAAAGAUCUCAGGAGUCAAUUUUCACAAUAGUUAAACAUUCACUGGCACAGGAGGAGUGUUGUUUCAUAGUAGCAUGUUUGAAGACUUCAGAAUCUUAAACCUUCACUGCAAGAAUUAAAUAAGAUCGAUAAAGUGAGAACAUCACAUGAUACUUACUGUAGUCACAACAUUUGUUUCUUUACAGGCCCACAGGCAUGGCUAGACACUGAAUGAAUUACAGAUUUAAAAGCAAUUUGGUAUUUAUCCAGGCAAUGGCUGUUAGCAGAAGUUUUAGUGUCAGAUAUGUUUAGUGUAAAAUAUUGAAGCAUAGGCCUCAGAUUUGGUGACCAGCUGGGGCAGGAUAAAAACAAUAAAUUCUCGUGCACAAAACUUUCUCCCCCUCCCUGUUGCCAGUGGGCAGCAGGAAGAACAGGCCUUGCAUUGCAGCUACUUCUAACACUUCAUUAUGAGAAGUUUUUUGGUCUUACCAGGAAUGAUCAGACAAGAAAUGGGUCUUUUGUGUCUUACAGCAGCAUGUAAUAUGCUCCCAGAAUUAACAAGAGGAUUUUGGCAAUGAUGCUGCUUUAUUCUUCAAGUCAGCCGUGUUCCACUAAGGAGCUGUGGGGUUUAGGCAUAAGACAUAGAGCAUUAAAACAACUGAUAUUCAAUAUUGCUUCCUCAAAAAAAUUGUCAAAAUAUCAGCCAUUCUCUGAUGGCAUGCUGAACUCUAAUAGCCAACUGUUUCAUUUCCUAAAAAAAGGUAUAAGCUGAUUUAUAUUUUUUUCACCCCAAAUCUCAGAUUUAUGCAAAAGGCAAAUUUCAAACUUGUGUUCCAUAGUUUGGGUGCACUGAAGUUUCUCAGGAAAAACAGACACAGUCAGUGUGGAAAAAAAUUCCCACUCUUGCUCUCAAAAGUGGCUAAAACACUUUCCUGAAACUUUUAAAAACAUAGAAAAAUGAAUAAUAAACACAUUCUCAGCAAAACUGUAAAUAAUUGAAACCAGCAUCAUUUAGUAGAAGGCACAGAGUUCAGCUGUAUUAGCAGCUGCUUGUAGCAGGUUCCUAUUAUCAGCAUUAGGAAAGUGCAUAAAUAGGUUUUUUUUCCUGUUCCAGAUACAUUUUGGUUUUGGUGUUGUUGUUUUUUUUACUAAUUCCUGGGACACUGAAGCUUGAUUUUUGUUUUGAACUAAACUGCAAACCUUUAAAAAAAAUAAAUACAUACAUAGGAAUUAAAAUAAUGCAUCUCUGAAUUACAGAAAUACAAACAAGAUGUUAACAUAGCCUACAAUUCCGGAUAGAUGGCACUGCCCCCACUGCUGCACCAUGCUCACACCCACCAUCUCUUCAAGGAACAGCAGACAGGGCAGAGAACUUCUCCUUCAUUACACUUGUAAUAAAGUUCAUUAGCUACUUCAGGAGGUGACUGCAGAAGGCUUUUGCCAGUUAGAUUUCAAAUUACUCAGUUUGUGAUUUUGUUUGGUUUUUUUUAAUUUUGCCAGCUGAACUAGUUUGAGGUGUAUUACUGAGGAGCUUCAGUACAGAUCGUCUAAUCUUUUAAAAUAUCCAUUCUACAGAGGGAAAUAAAGUGAUCAGAUUUUAGGAUUAAAAAAAUAGUUGUGACCAGAUUCUUAUCAACAUACUUUACUAUCGUAGCACCAAAGAACUCUGGUUAGCAAUUAGGUACCCACAAACAGCUUAAGACAAGAGACAGCAGAUGAGUAGAGAGAAGCCUGGUAGACAAUGGUGUGACUUAAGUUUUCAACAAGCAUGCAGCUUACUCAUUUUUGAGGGUUGUUUGAGGUUUUUCAUUUAUUUAUAGAGAUGGCCCAGGUACUUUGACAAAGGGGAAGAAAAAACAGAAGGAAGGUUUUGUGUCAAGUGUUCGAGAUAUCUGAUGUUCCUUUUUAUCUUCUUAAAUAUUUUCUUUAAAAGUGUACUGUCUUCAGUGUAACAGCACACAACUGCCAUUAAAAAAAAAAAAAUCAGCUACUUUGUAGUUUUUUAAAUUUCAGAAUCCCACUUUAAAAACAAAAUGACAGACAAUAGAUAGGAAUGUUUUCCACUUACAGAAACAGAAUCUUUCUAGGGCAUUAAAGAAAUCUAAUUUAUUUCAUUUAAUUGCCAUUUCCCUGUGCCUUUGUUGCUUUGGUUCUAGCCAGCUGCUAGAAAGCUGAAGUGUUGCCAAAGAGUGUAUUUUUGCAUUACUUCUGGCCCACACAGAUUUUGGAAAUACCAGCAGUUGCACUAAGUCUGUUCUCAUGAGAGAGCUAGCACAAGUUUGCAAAUCAAAGAGCUUAUAAUAAGCAUCUAAACAUUUGUUUGUUUAUUCAAACUGCUAAAACCUGGGGAGAUUUAUUCAUCACAAGAGCUGGGUCACAUACUAUUAUGUUUGAAUUUCCUCCUUAUUUCUAAUGGACAGCCUGGGCAACUUGAGCACCAUCUCAGACAAAGCAGUUGGAGAUUACACUGUAGCUGCCUCUGAAGAGGAACAAUUUCAGCUCUGUCUCUCCUUAAAAGCAUCCCUAUCACUUAGUUGAAAACCUGCAACUACGUUUAACAAAUGCAUUUGCAGUUGUUUUGGUAUUGCUUAAGCGUGUAAGGUCUUACAAAUAAUGGUCCUUCCCUGAAAGCCCUAAUCCUUCAGUAAGUCUUGAAAUGUGAGGUGUAGCAUAGGGUAUCUGGUGCUUGCUUCUGUCUCAAGUGCAUUCUUGAUAAUCAAUUGCAGAUUGUUGUUUGUUUGUUUUUGGUUUUGUUUAAUCUAGAUUUAAUCAGCUUCAUUCUCUUUCUUUUACUAGAGAUUGAAAGUAUGUGUGGGUUUGAUCUGAGACUGUUGAUACUGUUAUGUAUUGUGGGAUUUUUUUUUAAUUUAACGUAAUACCAUUUCUUCAUGUUUCAAUUUGUAAAAUACAGUAAUAUAAUUGCAAGAUAUAAACUGUCACUAAAUUAUAUUACAGAGAUGCUUUAAGAAAAAUAUGUAAGUUAUUUAAUUUAAUUUUUUUUAUUUCAUACUUUAUCUUGUGAACCCUUUUGUACAGUGAGGAAAGAUUUACUUUUAUGGGUAAGGAUGAUGGGCCUGAAGUCAAACUGCUAUUUAUUCCUGCCUGGUCUUUGUUACUGUAUCAUUUGUGAAGAAGUAUCACAAAUUCUGCAUGUUAUCAGGGUUUGGUAUUGGCAACUGUAACCAAAUUUUAAAAUACAUUUUCACAUAGAAGGUAGACUUCCUUUUAUUUCAUUUCAGUAAAAGUAAGUCUAGGUGAGGAAGAGCUGUAAUCCCAAAAUGGAGGUAAUAUUUUUAACUCAAGAUCACCAACAUGAAAGAUAGUUUAUAGAAGUUCAUCUUUGAUUUACAGCACCGCAGUUCAUUUUCCUUCACAAUCUGAAAAGAGAGCUAUAAAGAGCUAGAUUCUGUUAGUGCUCCACUGCUGCAAUUUUCUAAGGCACCAGUUUGUGGUUUAUGAGAAAUAACAAUGUGUAUUCAGGAUUUUUUCCUGCUACCUGCACCGAGGUUGAUCUGCAACAUUUGUAGAUGUCUUUUUAAAGCACGUAAUGUGGCAGUGAAAAACACUAUGUUGAAAUGCCAUUACUGGCUUUUCUAUAGUGUUCCCUUUAUGAUUUUAAGUAGAGAUUAAGUCAGAAUCUGUCCGUAGGGAUUCUGUGUCCCGGUGUGAUAAUCUGUGCCUACAGCAUUCCUGCUAACAAAUCCUGACACAGAAACAAAGUUACCUUUUCAAGGUGUACUUUUUAUUUUGCUGUAGUCAAAACACAGCAUCUAGUACAAGCACAGUAUGUUACAAAUGCCCCAGCAAUUAUUUCUAUUUAGUGCAUUUUAUUUGCAACAGAUAAAAUUUUCUUUCCCCAAAUGGCUGCAACUCGAGUUUUUCACUUGAUCAGUGUCACUAUCCAGAUAUAUUGUCCACCAAGACGUUUGUGUUGUAUUUGUAAAAGCUCUACUGGACUUUUUUGUGGUAACCUACAGCUACUUCUUUUCUCAGUUCCAUAGAUAGCAUUGAAAAACACCUAUGAAAGGUACUAACAGCUCACUUUACACUGUAAAUACAUGAUGCAAAUUCAUGUUAACUAAGGGCCAGGGUGUUUCCCCUUUUGUUUUCUCUCAUGUGCUAUCAGGCAUUUAAGAUCUUUUUCAGCUUCUGAAGUUGUUUUCUUAUUUAUUUAUUUUUUUCUUGGACUCCUCUGUUGUGUUAGGCGAUCUUGCCAGAUUCCAUUGCAAGGGUGUUUCAAAACAGAAUUCCUACUGCAAGGACCUCAGUUUCAGACGAGUUGCCUCUGCCCAGGGGAUAAGCUGCAGGUACAAGAGAGAUCAUUAAUCUGAUUGCAGACUGGGCCUUAAAUAAGGACUGCAUGGUAAAGCAUGAGGUACUUAAAGGUUGGGUUUUUUUUUUUUUAAGUAUUUUGGUAUAUUUUCUCAGGUUGGAUGUGCAGGUGCAGUAAUCCCUAGUGUGGAAAAGACACCAGCCUUAUGAUCAAUGCAAGGAGUUAUGUAGCAUUCUUGACACUUGAAAGAAAAAAAUAAUUGGUGGUAUGGGAAAACACUAACCAGCCGAAAUCUUGGCAACAUGCAGGUACUGCGUUCUGCUCCUGCUGUGUGGGAGUGCGGUGUAAUCAUUCAGCAUCUGUUUGUGAUGUGCAGCAGGGCCUGUAGGAAGGUCGGCAAAUCUUCUGCUGGAGGAUUCAUGUGCCACUAACCCCGCAGACAGAAGUGGAAGAACAUUUAUGAUUUUCGUUACUUUAGUAAUAACCAAUCAAAUCGAUGUUUUAAUAUUAUGGAUUUUAACAAGAAUACCCCUCCUAACUGUUUGACCACGUCUGUUGUACCAGCUUCUACGAUGAGCUGCAUUUCGUUUUGCUCCUGCUACUUCACAGCUUUCACAAACAAUUGCUCUGAGAAUUCUUUAGGAAUGGGACACAACAGUUUAAUUACAUCAUGAUGUUGGGACCCUUUAUCACAUCUUAAACUGUUAUCUGACAUGUCACAAAAAAGCACAUACUUGUUAAUGUUACCAAACCGUAAUCACUAGAGCUAACCCAUUGUUUAAUUAAAUCAAGGUAUCAAUAUUAAAGGAAAAAAACCACAACACCAAACAGUCAUUGUUUCCAGUCACCUACGUUAUUAGGCAUUUUUGUGUAUGCUUUAUUACAGUAAAUAUGGAACUUACAAAGAGCAGACAUUUCUUGCAGGGAGUAGUCAAGCCUAAUUCUCAUGGAAUGCUUGUUUCCCAGUAAAAUACCACUAAUUCAAGCCAAGUUCCCAAGUUUCUUUCUGUCAGAACAAUGCAAAUGACAUUUUCAAGAAAGGAAGCCCCGGUCUCACAGGGAUUUAUAGGAAAGACAAAGUCUCUUGCACUUGUGAAUGUAAAAAUUACAUAUAGCUAAGUAUGAUGAUGCAUUCUUAAAUGUUACCAGCCUACUGAUCUAGGAUGAAAAAACUUGAACUAAACAUUUUUCUUCUUUUUUACAUUCUAUUUUUUUUCCCGUCUCCUUUAAAAAUAAGAGGUUGAAUUCAUAGUGUUUGUAUAGAGACUGAAUCUACAUGCUUAAAAAAAAAAAAAAAAAAAGGCAUCCUUUAAUUUGAAUGUAAACACAGUUAAAUCUGAAAUGUGGUUUUGCCUUAAUGGUUUUAAAAGAAUAAAGUAUUUUUAAAAGUGAA